AAGGCCCUUUCAAAGGCUCCAGGGAUGACGGCCCGAAGUUCCGUGAACUCCUGUGGCGUGCGCUUGCCGGAUGGCAGGAACACCCCGAUUCCCAUGCUCGCGGAGGACGCCUCGGUGCCCAAGAGGUCCAGCCUGCGAGCCCCGGGAGGUCUGCGGGUGCCGCUGGGAGGUAGCGGCCUCGCGAGCGGCCUCGCGACCGGUACGGUGUCGCCGGCGUUUCAGACGCUGCUGAAUCGACUGGUGCAGCAGCAUUUGAUGGAGAUCCAAUCCUUGGAAGUGAGGAUGCGCAGUGGGCAGCAUCAUCCUGAGGCGCCGACCACGACCACGCUGCUGCAGGAAGACCGGUCCGCAGCCGAGGAGUCCGAGGACACGGCCGAGCGCAGUCUGGCUGGUCAUCCACGAGCCUCGAAGCACAAGGUGGACGCGAAUGAGAUCUUGGAGGCUUUCGAGAAGGACCAGGAUGCCAAGCUCCUCUUUCAAAACGCGGACAAGAUGGCGGAUGGUGAGAUGGACGCGGAGAUGAUGAAGGAAUUUUGGGCUCGUUGGAGGACGAUGAGCUGUUUCGAUAAGACCAAAAUCUGGCUCCAAUCCUCGCGCUAUGAGAUGUUGAUCGCGCUGAUUUUGAUUUUGAACGUCCUGUGGAUGGCCUUUGAGCUCCAGUUCUAUGGCUCCAUCAGCGGCUACGAGAUCAAGUUCUUUUCUGAGCGGCCCGUGACCGAUGAGGCGCUGCCCUUUUGGCAGUCGGUGAUCGAGAUCGGGGACUUGUUCUUCACGGGGUUCUUCGUGGUGGACGUGAUGGUGAGGAUUUGCAUCUUAAAGCUGGACUUCUGGCGUGUCUGUGCGAACUACGUGGACGUGGCCGUAAGCGUGACGGGUCUGAUCGAGGUGACGAUCUUGUACGCCGUGGACUUCCCCGUGAACCCGGUGCUCUUCCGGCUGCUGCGCAUCGGCAAGCUGGCGCGGGCCAUUCGCAUGGUCACCAUGACGUCCGUCUUGGGCUCGCUACAGCUCUUGGUCAAAUGUCUUGGAGCGAGUUGCAACAUGUUGUUCUGGAGCUUUUGCCUCUUGACCUUCGUGCAGUGCGUGGCGGGGCUCAUCGUGAGUACCCUCUGUCGCGACUUCGUCUUGGACCUGAACCGAGAGUUGGCCCUUCGGGAGGAGGUCUUCCGAUACUAUGGCACCUUCACGCGGACCUUCCUGACCAUGUUUGAGAUCCUCUUUGCGAACUGGGGACCACCUUGCAGGGUGCUCAUCGAGAACUUCAGUGAGUGGUUCUCGGCAUUCUUCUUGAUAUACAGGUGCGUUUUGGGUUUCGCGGUGCUCAACGUGGUGAAUAGUGUUUUUGUCCAGCAAACGAUGAAGACGGCCAGCUCUGAUGAGGAGCUUGCCUUCAAACAAAAAGAGAAGGACGCACAGAUGUACACACGAAAAGUGAAGCGGCUUUUCCAGACCAUCGACGAUUCUGGUGAUGGUGCAAUCAACUUUCAGGAAUUCUCGAAGUUGGUGCAAUCGCCCAAAUUGAAGUUUUGGAUGAGUCAGCUGGAAUUGGAGUACCAUGAUUUAUUGAGCCUCUUCGAAUUUCUGGACAAUGGAGAUGGCGAAAUCACGCUGAUGGAGUUCAUCGAGGGUGCGGCGAGGCUGCGGGGCAAUGCCAAGGCACUGGACAUUUGGCGAAUCGAGACCAAGAUGGAGGUGCUGAUUGAGGAGGUGCUGAAGGAGAUGAAGAGCCUUCCCGGGCUGGAAGGGAAUUCCGUGAAGCUGCAGGAUGUCUUCGACAACUCCAUGUUCCGCCACAUCAAGGUCACGACUAUCGACCAGGUACCGGAAGGCCAGGUGGGUCGCAGCGGCAGCUCGAUGAUCGUGCGGCCCUCGAUGCUGGAGAACAAGAGUGAGGCUGAGACGUGAAGGCAGGCCUCCGCAGAGCCGCCAUCUGAGAGGCUAUUCGACAGGUGUGGACCAUGGUGGGCUACAUCAACAGGUUCCCC